CCCACCUAUGUGGAACGUCGCUACGGACUACGGGACCUAACUUUAACUUUCUUUGACGUGAUUCAGAUUCCAAUUAAAUUCUAAUUAAAACCCGGCUGUUAUUUGUUAUUCUCGUGCGUCUCGCGGGAAACUUCCAAUAACAAAUCAUGACUGAACCAACUCGAGAUUCAUGUCCGCCUCUUCGCCCCGCCAGUCGUAUGAAACGCCCGAUAUAACAUGUAUCGCGCCAGAGCCUUUCGAACCUAUACCUCUGAUCGCCGACAUUGUGCGUACCGGAUAUUGCAUUCCAGGUUCCGUAUUCCUGGUUGAAGGCGUCGAUUCCAUCCAUACGUCUAGAUCCAAGAGAUGGCGUGCCGUACGCCUAUUACUCGGAGAUGGAGAGCUGUGUAUCCAAGCCCUAUUAUCGGCCGAGAUGCAUAGAUACGUAGACGAGGGAGAAGUCGCCUUUGGGUCCUACGUUAAGUUGGAACAAUUCCGAAUCGAGCGGAGGAACCUUCCUAAUGGGACUGAUGGGGGCUCGCCAACCACCAAAGGGAAAGAGAAAGAACGCGAUGAUCAUAGUGCCGAAAAUGGGAUGGUCUAUUUGGUUGUUGAGGAUCUUGCGCUCGUCGGAUGGAAUAACACACUUGUCGAUGCUACGCCCGUCGAAAGUGCUCACACAGGUGCUGAAGUUUCACAAGACCGAGCUAAAAAUAACACUCAGGCUUCUAUCACGACCAAACCAGUUCCAGACAACAGUACUACGCAGUCUUUCGACAGUGGUGUUGGUCUCCAGAAAGAAUUAGCUGAUGCGGAUGACGACUUCGAAGUCAUGCCAAAUUCCAUGUCGAAGGUGACGCAGAAUAGGCUUGAUCUCGCAGCAAAAUCCAAGGACAUGAACCGUCUUCCCUGGUCAAGCAACAACCCUGGCAAACCCCUGAAACUCACCAAGUUACGCUCAAUCCCUAACUUACCAUACAAGCAAAACUGGAGCGUCAAUGUACUAGCAGUAGUUUCGGCAAUCUCGGGUCUCGAACCUUCCGGCCUACCACCGUAUAGCCAGCGACAAGCCAGACUUGCCGACCCCUCUACCGAUAAGCACGUGCUCUUGACAGUAUUUCUAGAUCCGGACCAGUUCUUACCAGCAGUCGGAAGCGUCGUAUUACUGCUCGGGGUCAAGAACCAUCGUUUUGACGGCGGAAGCCUCAAGAAGUAUGCCAGCGACCGCCCAGCAGCCGGGCAUAGCUGGUGGUACGAGAAUCCGGUGCAAUUUGACUGGUGCGACAUCGAGGGGCUAAGGCAGUGGUGGGCCGAGGGUCAGUCUCUCGAAUAAUCCUUUAGGGCACGAUCGUUUACGAAGCGGCUGAUCGUAAUCAACCCCUAAUGGAUAUGCACGUACAGGAUAGCAACUGCGGAUAGUGGAUUAUUACUAUCGAUUCACCAUUUACAAAUUGCUGCUCCUACUUCGUGAAAAAUAAUAGUAUUCUUUUUUUGGGUGUUUGGUCGUUAUAUAAAUCAAUACUAACUACAGCCUCAAUCAAAUUUCCUUAGCAAUGAUUAACAAACCAAUCCUUAGACAUCGUCUCCGCUAGUCAUACCUUGUGCGCAAGC